AUGAUUCAGUUGUUGUUCUUGGUUCUAUUUGGUGAGGGCAUGGUGGCAUUUCUUCUAAUGGUGAAGAUUGGGCUACUGAGAGAGCUGGUGAUGCAGGGUUUGGAUCAGGUGAAGGUGAGAAAUGGUACUGUUCUAACUAUUGCUAGUGUUAUGUCUGUGAUCCUCUUUUUCAACUUUAUUAGCAUUGUCAAGAUUCAGAACAAGGGUGCUAAGGUUGGUACCAUGACUCCAAUGGAUCAGGUUCUCUGGAGGACACACUUGCUAGAGGCUUCUCUCGUGGGUUUCUCUCUGUUUCUUGGAUUUUUAAUUGAUCGCAUGCACCAUUAUCUUAGAAAAUUGGUUGAGUUGAGAACUACUAUGGGAACUUCAAGAAAGGAAGUUGAAAGGCUUGAGAAAGAAAAACUGCAUCUGAGAGAAAACGAAGGGAAAGCCAACGAGAACAUAAAGAAGUUGCAGAAAAAUUUUUCUAAUUUAGCAGACAAUUUAAAGAAGCUUAAGUUGGAGUCCACAGAAAGGGACAAACAGGUUGAAACUGCUGAAGCUCAUGUUGCUGCCCUCCAGAAACAAGCCGCCGAUCUACUACUAGAAUAUGACCGUUUGUUAGAAGACAACCAAAACCUUCAGACCCAAGCUCUAGGAUAUAGAAGCUGA